AUGGCGGUUUCUGUCUCCCCAUCCGAGCUUCAAAAUCUCCAAGAUUGCCUGCUCAACAAAUCUGGAGAUGUCGCUUUACAUACACGUUUCAGGGCCUUGUUUACCCUCAAGUCAUUAAAAUCAGAAGAUGCAGUGGAGAUCAUCGCGAAAGGCUUUAAGGAUCCUUCAGCUCUUUUGAAACAUGAACUAGCUUAUUGCUUAGGGCAAAUUAAGAAGAUUUCGGCCCUCCCUACACUUGAAUCUGUGCUCAGGGAUUCCUCUGAAGACCCUAUGGUCCGGCAUGAGGCUGCCGAAGCCAUGGGAGCUAUCUCAGAUCCAACGUCGCUCCCAAUUCUCAAAGAGUUCCUGACUGACUCUGAGAGGAGCGUCAGGGAGACCUGCGAGAUCGCCGUAGCAAAGAUCGAAUGGGAUAACUCUGAGGAAGGAAAAAGGCACCAUGAAAGGUUGAAUGAAUCUUCUCCUUUAUAUACCUCUGUUGAUCCUGCUCCUCCUUCAUCUGGUCUUCUGGCGGGUGCACCAAAACCAGAGGCUAUCUCUAAAGAUACAAUCGAAACUCUCAGAAAAGAACUCGUUAACACAAGCCUUCCACUUUUUCAAAGAUAUCGUGCUAUGUUUGCUCUCCGAAAUAUUGGCACCCCAGCAGCUGUCGAUGCGCUUGCCUCUGGGUUCUCUGACGAAAGUGCCCUCUUCAAGCAUGAAAUUGCAUUUAUUUUCGGACAACUUCUCUCACCACACUCAGUACCUUCGCUCUUGAAGGUUCUGCAAAAUGCACAAGAGUCUGAUAUGGUCCGCCAUGAGGCAGCUGAGGCCCUUGGCGGUAUUGCUACACCUGAGGUUCUACCUCAUCUUCGUGAGUGGAUGGACAGGGAAGACGCACCAAGAGUUGUGCGUGAGAGCUGUCAGGUUGCUAUUGAUAUGUGGGAGCACGAAAAUUCUGGUGAAUUUCAAUAUGCGAAUGCCCUUACCUCCACCCCAGUCACUGUUACAUGA